AUGAACAUGAAAACCUCAGGACCACCAGCAGCGCUCUGGAGGGCUGCGCUGCACGGCCCAAACCCUCGCGCCCUAGCAGCCCAACCUAAAAAGGCCCCCGUACCCGUGGCACCCGCGAGACCCCUUAGCUUGUUCGGCUAUAAGCUUCGCGCUAGGCCCCGGCGCCAGAACCUCUCCGUCGUUCCUGUCUCUGCGUCGCCGUCCUCGCCCGCGCCCAAAGGACGCCCCCCAAAGUCCAAGAUGAGGAUCGGGUGCUUGCAGUUCGCUCCCCAGGUCGGCGACGUCGACGGCAACCUGAGUCGAGCCGAUGCCGUCCUCUCCAGGGCCGACCCCGACGAGCUGGACAGCCUGGACCUGCUCGUCGUCCCGGAGAUGGCUUUCAGUGGAUACAACUUCACCUCACUCGGCCACAUCUCCCCCUUCCUGGAGUAUGCAGGCACCGGCAUCAGCUCACUGUGGGCACGAUCACGAGCCCUCAAACACAACUGCCAUGUCGUUGCCGGCUUCCCAGAGCAGGUCGAUGUCUCCGACAGGUGGCCCACCUCGCCCGAGUACUACAACUCCGCCAUCAUCGUCUCCAAUGAAGGCGAGAUGAUAGGCACCUACAGGAAGCACUUCCUGUAUAUGAUCGACGAGACUUGGGCCUUGGAAGGGCCCGGAUUUGGCAAGGACUACAUCCCUGGCCUUGGCCAGACCGCAAUGGGCAUAUGUAUGGAUAUAAACCCUUAUAAAUUCGAAGCCCCGUGGCAUACCUUUGAAUUUGCCUUUCAUGUUCUGGAAGUUCGAGCAAAUUUGGUCAUCCUGUCCAUGGCAUGGCUUACCAGAGAAGAAGCAUCAACCUUUUGCGCAAAACCGGACGAGCCUGAUAUGGAGACCUUGACUUACUGGGUGCAACGUAUGGAGCCCAUCAUCCGCGCAGAGAACGACGAAGAGAUCGUCUUCGUCUUUUGUAAUAGAUGCGGUAUAGAGGGAGACACGGGAUGUUUCUCGUUCGUACAGGUAGAUACAAAGACGGCCAACAAGCCGUGA